GAGGGAAGAAGAAAGGGCGGAAGGAAGCAGCAACGUUUGUGCCGCGCCCUGACGCAUUAAGUCUCACAUGCUAUUUCAGCGAAGGCCCUCCUGCAUUCAAGAUGAAUCCCAUAUCGGUGUACGGCAUCGUUCUCUUCUUUAUGCUUGCUCUCCCUGCUUCAUCCGGUUGCCCCCCAGAAGAGGCACUGAACCUCCAAAUUGGAUGCUUGCUCGCACUGGGUAAUAUAGAAGAGUUCAAGGAAAACAGCGGUGGUUUGGAAACCCUGGUGAGAGGAAAUCCAAAGGACCACAAAAUUGGAUGCUGUAUGGAGAGAGCACUGGCAAGUUGUUACAGAAGCAACGAACCCAGCGGCUGUUCUGCAUACGUGGAUCAGAUGAUCUACAAAAACCAGAAUACAGUGAAGAGCCUCGGUGGUGGCGCGUGCAACUAUGAAUGUCCUAAUGGAAGUGUUACUCUGAAACCUACGUGGGUCCUGGCUACCGUUGCCGUGCUUGCAUCGCUUCUUUUCAAGAAAAACCUUCAUUAGCGGAAAGAGCAGCGCGGUGUUCUCAAUGAUCCCAGCCAAUGGAGAAUUUAAAAAAUGAAUCCAUUACAACCAACGCCUUUAGCAUUGGAGUGCAAAUCACUCUGCGGUGUCAUUUCAAAUGUGCGGUAGCCGUCUUUAUAGUGGGACGUCGUUGCUUUUGUGUUACUGAAUCUUUCCUGCGAUAAAAGUGCAUUGACCACGUCAAAGUUCAUGAGUACAAGCGAUAUGUGCUAGAUUAAUAAAUAAAGGCGUCUUUAUCCAUUUA